AUGAGAAGCCAGUAUGAAAACACUCAUCCUCGACCUGAAGGCUCCAUCCUGUUCUGUACCACUGGUAUCGUACUUCAGUGGCUACAGAGUGAUCCCCUCCUUAGUAGGGUGUCUCACCUGGUUCUUGAUGAAAUUCACGAGAGAGAUAUGUUGUCAGACUUCAUUAUUGCAAUUGCAAAGGACCUGAUCAAAGUAAGAUCCGAUCUGAAGGUAAUUUUAAUGAGUGCAACGCUGAAUGCAGAGUUUUUUUCUGAAUAUUUUGGUGGCUGUCCCAUGCUGCAUAUUCCUGGUUUUACGUAUCCAGUAAAGGAGUUUUAUCUUGAAGAUGUUAUAGAAAUGACAAGAUUCAAGUUUGAAGAUGAACGAGAAGUACCAGUAUGGGUGAGAAAAAGCAAUAAACAUAAGGAUAAUGAAUUUGAAGGCAUGAUAGCACCUUACGUCAGAAACUUAGAAAGGAGUGGAAAGUACUCCUGCCACACCCUAGAUGAACUGUUCAAGUCGACAAGUGAAAAGCUUAAUCUGGACCUGGUGCUUGAGUUGUUGCGUGUCAUCAGCCGUAAGGAGCCUGGAGCUGUGCUUGUCUUUCUGCCGGGAUGGGCAGAUAUUUCCAAGCUACACACACUUAUACAAGGCGACAGAAGUUUCUCUAGAAGUAGUCAUUUGGUUAUCCCUCUCCACUCUCUCAUGCCCUCUGUCAACCAGCGGGAAGUGUUCAAUAGACCUCCUCCAGGUGUACGCAAGAUUGUUUUAGCAACAAACAUAGCUGAAACUAGUAUAACUAUAGAUGAUAUUGUGUACGUGAUAAAUGCUGGACGUAUCAAGAUGAAAAAUUAUGAUAAAGAAGCUAACUUGGUGACACUGCUGCCUGAAUGGGUCACUCUUGCUAAUGCCAGGCAAAGACGAGGCAGAGCUGGUCGUGUGCAAGAGGGUGUUUGUUACCACCUGUAUUCACGAGCCCGAGAAAAGUUGUUGGAUGACUACCCUCUGCCAGAAAUUCAGCGUACGCGGCUUGAGGAAAUCAUCCUGCAUGUGAAGAUCCUGCGCUUAGGGUCAGCCAAACCAUUCUUGGCAAAGCUCAUGAUGCCACCAGAUCCGAGUGUGGUUGAUAAAUCUUUGGAGAUGCUUCAAGCUAUUAAUGCCCUGGAUGAGAGUGAGAAUUUAACUCCAUUAGGUUUCCACUUGGCACGUUUGCCUGUGGAUCCUUUGACUGGACGAAUGCUACUCAUGGCUGCGAUAUUCUCCUGUGUAGGCCCCAUAUUGACUAUUGCCUCAGCCCUCUCAUUCAAGGAUCCUUUCUCAGUUCCUUUGGGAAAAGAACGUAUUGUUGAUGAGAUAAAAAAGAAAAUGAGUCGUGGCACAAAGAGUGAUCAUUUGAUGCUAGUUAACGUCUAUGAUGGCUGGGAGGAUGCGUGGCGCCACAGAGAAGCAAGGGAGUAUUGCUGGGACAACUUCUUAUCCAGCGCUGUGCUAGAACAGCUGAGGAACAUGAGGCGACAAUUUAUGGGUCUCCUUUAUGAGCACAAAUUUGUGAAUUCUAAGGAUCCACAAGCAGCUGAAGCCAAUCGGAACUCUGACAAUAUUGCCCUUGUUCGCGCCAUCAUCACAAGUGGUCUGUACCCAAACGUUGCGCGUGUUCUUCCUCAAAGAGGACGUCCCAACCCACACAAACCUCGUAGCAUCCGCACGCAAUAUGAGCGCAGAGUGUCAUUACAUCCCAAGUCUGUAAAUGAGAAGGAGAGGGAAUAUGAAUCUCCUUGGCUCAUGUACCGAGAAAAGAUCAAGUCUUCCAAGGUCUACAUACAUGACAGUUCAAUGGUUCCCAACUACCCAUUACUGUUCUUUGGCCGGAAGUUGAACUAUGUUGAUGGCAUUAUCAAUGUCGAUGACUUCGUAAGGGUUCGCUGCUCACGACAUGUUGCACAUUUAGUACAGAGUUUAAGAACUCAGCUGGAUGAACUUCUAGAAUAUAAGAUUAGCCAUCCUGGUGUUACCAGGUGGAAUAAAUCAAGCAAAGAGGGAGCUCUUCUGCACACCAUUGUAGACCUCAUCUCUAGCGAGAAGAUUUCCUCCUCACAGGACAACUAUGACUAUUAUGAUGAUGGGGAUGAUUAGCAAGUCAUCCUGUAAGAGGUGAAGAGUGAAUGAAAGUCAUUUGCCAGGGUCUCUUGGAUGAUGGAGUCAGUUUGGAAUGUAAAAUUACACACACACACACACACACAGACACAGACACAGACACACGCACAUGCACACAGACACAAGCACACAGACACACGCACACAGACACA